GCUACUUUCUUCAGAAUGAUUCCCUGCAGAGCUGCGCUCUCUUUUGCCCGAUGUCUGAUCCGAAGAAAAAUCGUCACUCUGGACAGUCUAGAAGAUUCCAAAUUAUGCCGCUGCUUAUCCACCAUGGACCUCAUUGCUCUGGGGGUUGGAAGCACUCUUGGUGCUGGGGUUUAUGUCCUUGCUGGAGAGGUGGCCAAAGCAGAUUCUGGCCCCAGUAUCGUGGUGUCCUUCCUCAUUGCUGCCCUUGCUUCCGUGAUGGCAGGCCUUUGCUAUGCUGAAUUUGGGGCCCGAGUUCCCAAGACUGGGUCUGCGUAUUUGUACACUUAUGUCACUGUUGGAGAGCUGUGGGCAUUCAUCACUGGCUGGAAUCUCAUUUUAUCUUAUGUGAUAGGUACAUCAAGUGUUGCAAGAGCAUGGAGUGGCACCUUUGAUGAACUUCUUAGCAAACAGAUUGGCCAGUUUUUCAGGACAUACUUCAAAAUGAAUUAUACCGGCCUUGCAGAGUAUCCUGACUUCUUUGCUGUGUGCCUUAUAUUACUUCUAGCAGAUGGGAAAAUUAUAAAGCAUUUCUCAUCAACCCAAAACUCUCAACCAAUUUUUAAAUCUAUAACUAAAACAGAGCAAAAUGCCUACAUGAAAGUUCUAUCUUACAUUUUCCAUAUUCAGGCAUUUUCUGACAUACUUAAAACAUUGUUUUUUUUUUCCUUCCCUCUAACAGGUUUCCUGAUCUACUUCGCUUAUGGCAUCAGACACAGCCUGGAGGGUAAUCCGAGAGAGGAGGAAGAUGAUGAAGAGACUUCCUCAGACAACAUCGGUGCCGCAACAAAAGAAAAAUCUGCCUUUCAAGCAAACGAGCAGCACCAAAGAAACCUCAGUUUACCUUUCAUAUUCCAUGAAAAGAUGAGCGAAUGCUAACGCCCGCAGGAGCUGAGCUGGUCCACAGUCUUACCGUACAUACCCUACAUGGAGUAAACCAUGACAGAGUGUCAUCGUCGUGCUAGGUUGCCAUGGGUUUGCUGCAGACAUAGUUCACCCUAACUUAUACUUACUCACCUGGACAGCACCUCCUCAGAUGGUGAAUUGUGUACCUGGGGAAACCUCCUAAGCUCUCUCCUCAGCGAUGAAUAUCCCCCCAAUAGUGGGAGCAUGUGUGUAUGUGUGUAUGUAUACAUUGGGGUCUAUGAAUGUUAGAAGUUGUUUGUGUUUCACUCUGACUGCAUUAUAUUUUUCUGGUGUUGCCAUUAAUUGGUGGCUUAUACUGCUGCAAUGGAAGUAAUCACUGAAUAGAAAAGUGCUUUGGACGUGCCUGGUGCAUUUGGGGAAAUAACCAUGGCUUUUCCUUAUUAGGUGUCAUUAAUGUCGAUUAGAACGUGCUAAAAACGCAAUUACCCAUCCCGGUGUCUGUCAUUGGUCAGGAGCGAGAGGAGAGGAGAAGAAAUGAGCCUUUUCUAUAACUCAUCAGUGCCAGCAGUGGGUUUAAUCCAGAUUUUUCUUCUAUAAAGUAUGGCAGUUUGUGACAACUUCAGCCACAGGCGUGUCUGCGUCCUGCCGGUCUACCCAGGGUGGGAGCGGCUCUCUGGGUCACCUGAUAGUGCCCCUUUCAGCUGCUGUUGUUUUUUGAGAGAAGUGGUCCUUCCUCAGUCCCUGCAGGGGCUUGAGAGCAGUAUGUGUGAUCUACUUGGGACCCUUUCUGCUAGAAGAUGCAAGUGGUCCCCUGGCAGGAAAGCUUGUGUAAGUGGCAGCAAUGAGCGUGUAUUUGAAAAUCAGAGUCAGACAAAUGCUUGUGUAAGUAGACACCAAGCAUCUUUGUCUUUAAAGUCACAUACGAUAAGCCAGUAAAAUCUUUCCGGAUCACACGAUUGGCAGAAUGAUUUACACUUUUCUCUUUUACUUAAUAACUAAUCACAGUUCAGUUGUUUUUUAAAACCUCAUCAGGUACAGAAUUCACUCCUUUGUUCCUAUUGUUUUGUCUUGUCCUAGAUAGGAGGGGCUACACUAGCAAAUUAUGUCUUUACUACAUGCCAAAGAGGAAAGAAACAAAGGAAUACAAGAAGAGGAAAUGUCCCGGUUCUGAGUUUAAAGUGCCUAUUCAGAUGUUAAAUUGCAUUUGCCCCAAUUUGAGGUUUUGGGAUCUAAUUUGCCUUUGAUGUUUCUUUUGGAAACAUUUAGGGAUGUUUUCCUUCCCCAUCCCAUAAGUUGUUUAGCACUUUUUAUCUCAUUUAUUUUUAAUUGACCACACUAAAUCUGUCAAUACCCCAUUCCCAGUGGUUGGGGAAUAAAAUAUCUGGGCUAAAUACAUGAUUAUUUAAAACCUCAAGCUAAAAAAUUAACCUAAUUGAAUUAAAGCUAUAUAAACACAGUAACCUUUAAGGAAUAAAUGAUUUGUUUUAUAUGUAAGAUUCUCUAAUUACUAUAUUUUCCUUCAUAGGGUUCUCUCAUAGUGGACUAUUUACCUGCAGUGUUCUUUUCAUGAAUUAGCUUUCUUACAAAUAAUUAAAUGGUUUACUAGGUGAGGCUAGGGGCUAAAUACUUACACAUCAAUGGGUUACAUUCCCAGGAUGAAUGUUAUCAAGCUCACCAGUUGACCGGCUUAAUCCAAAGGCAAGGAAAACAUUUGUUUCCUGAUAGCUCUUCCAAGAGAUUGUUUUCCUGAUGCCAUUAAAGAGCAAGUUGUGAUCGUUUCAUCUAACCAAGAGUUUAUUGUGGUUAAAUAUCAGAUAAACAGAUAGCCUGGGUUUCUGGCUGCUGGUGUUGGAGCCUCCCUGAUCUAGAGCUCAGUACUGACAUUCCACAAUUUCCAGGGUGCAUGGUAAAAUCUGAAGCCCAGAAUUCUCUUUCAAGCAUGUUUUACUGGAGAGGAAGAGUUGGAUACUCAAGGAGUACAAGUUUUUGGUAAGGACUGUAGGCAUGAUCCUAAAUCCUUGUUGUUAUAGUAUUACACUGAGAACCACCUUUUAUUCUCUCAUCGAGAUAGAUUAGGCCUUAAGGGAACAUAAGGAAUUUCAUAUAUAAAUAUCUGAGUCUUUGUAACAAAAUCAAGAAAUUUAUUUAGAAUGUGAUAGGCAGCUAAAACUCUUAUGCCCACUGUGUUCAAUUAGGAGCAGAAUUUAGUUAAAAAUUAUUUUUCCACAUUAAAACACUUUGCAAACACAAAUAUCUAUGAAGAGAUGCUUUGUUGGUGAUUGUGCUUUUUUUCUGUGAAGACUCAAAUGUGUGCUCAUAUCUCUGUAUGAGUGUGUGUAUAUAUUUAUGUAUAUGUCUGUGUAUUUCAAACAGUGUAUAAGUCGGUUGGGUUUAUGAUGGGCUUUGGAAACGAUACAAUUGUAUGGAUAAAAACAAACCCAAUUGAUGUGGAGAAAAAAUAAUAUUUUAUAUUGAUAGGUAUGCUUAUACAAAAUUUUUAGGUUUUAAACUAUUUUGCAAUAUACAGCAAUUUUAUAUAUAUGAUAUUUUCUAUAGAUUCUUUAAGAAAGAUAUAUUUAUAAUGUAUCUAAUGUGGAAUCACUAAACUCGAGUACAUUGUAACAGGUGCUUUAUAAUCUGAAAUGGAGUAGGAGUAGGAGGUGUUAGGGUUUUCUGUUUACUUAUUUCUGAGGCACCUUUUCUGACAUCUCUGUCUUGCUCUGUGUUUAUUAGUAAAAGCCAGUUCUACCAGGUUUCUUACCACCUCCCUGUUUCUACAUCUGAAUUCAUAACCUUUGGAACAAAAUAUUGCUUUUACUUUCUUAGGAUUACCAAAAUGUUUUUGUACAGAUACGACUAGUAAUCAAUCACACUUCUAUAAACUCCUCUCCAGAAAUGAAAAAAAUGCAUACCACACAUUCUCUUAAUUGUGAUUGAGUAAAAACAGUUUAAAUUACUUUUCUUUCUUACACUAGGAAAUAUGCUUUCUUAAUAUUUUCAAUGAGAAACUUCCUAUCAGAGCACCUUUAUACCAUACUCUUCAAAAAAGGGAAAAGAUGAUUUGUGAAUAACCAUAGAAAGGCCCUGCCUACCCUACAUUUAAAAAGGUAGCUAUACAAAUUCAAGUUCAAACCCUAUUUAUGAGAAAACUUAACAACUUUUGAUAAAUACUGAAAUACAGAUUCUUGCUUACUCACAUUUUCCCCCCAGAGAUAAACAUCAAGAAAACUUCGUAACCCCAAAAACAUCAUUUAGGAUAUAUACAUUGAAGAAAAACUAGCAUUGAUAUAUUUAAAACUUUACUACUACCAACCAUAAUUAGAAGAAAAUAUCUCUUGCAGAAUUAUUUUGCUUUAAAAUACAGAAGCCUCUCUUUUAAUUUUCUGAAUAAAAGAUUUUUUUAACUUUUUUUUUUUUUAAUUUUAAAAAUUAGCCAAAUUAUUUGCUAAGUCCUGGUUAUUUUCAGGUAGUUUUUCAACCUGUUUUGAAUCAGACUCUGUAUUUACCUAGUUCCUUUCUAAACUAAUUUGAAUGCUUAGCAGGGAGAAUAAGGAAAACUACCACUCUCCAGUUCUGAUAAUGCCAGAGGAGCAGGUCAGUCCUCUUUCUUCGCAAAUCAGGGCAUUCUGAGAUUACAAAGCACAUGAUAACGUUGUAGCUCUCCCUCGUGAUGUAGCUCAUGAUGUUCUCUGCCUGAUUUUCUCCUGAUGUGCUUCAAGCAACUGUAAAUUAACACCCAAACUACCAUUUCCACAGAAUUUUAAAGGAUUGGGUUUAGAGUGAACAUCAUGAAGUAUUAAAAUUCACAUGAUGAGUGUGAACUUUGGGGACAGGGGGAUUAACUUUUUUUUUUUUUUGCUAGCGCCUUCUCUGUACAUUUUCUACUUACAUUCUCUCACAUGUCCUAAAAUAUCAAGGGAAAAAGUACCAAAGUUCAGCACAGGUCAUUUUUUAGCCAUGUAGAUUUGGAAAUAAGGUUGCUUGACUUUGUUGUUUAGCUGAGAUUUUUUUUUUCUCUUUGUAUAAUUAUAUUUAAACAUUUUUAAAUGAAUUUCUAGUUUCUGGAUUUUGAGAGCCCUGCUCUGUUUUUGUGGUUGUUGGUUUUUGUAACAUUCAUUACUGCUUAUAUGUACACAGUUUAGUCUUACUGAUCUCAAGUGCAUUUUCUUAUGGCUCAACCCAACUGGCAACCCUCUUGGCUGUGAGUAACAUACCGAGGUUUUAUUCACCAUGGCUGAAGCCACUGCCAUAAUCUCUGGCCUUAAAGAAUCUUCUGUGACUACUGGUGCCCCAUGGGGAUCAUGACCAAGAGCCCGGGCUGGCUCUAGGAUCAGGCAGCCUGCAAAGUGUAAGCAUCCAUAACUACCCUUGUUGAGUGGGAUCUUGGGAUGACAGUGAGAUAUGAAGUGAAUAUGCAAGUUAGGAGUUUGGGGUCCUUAAUUUCAGCCCUGAAUAUCCAUCCCAGGGACACAUCAACAGUCAAUGAUAAGGAUCCUCUAGAAAAGGUUGGAAAGGAUGGCUGCUUCCUGGAACUGGUACCAUAGGAUCUGGCCCACUGCAAUCCCCAUAUGGGCAUGGACAGCCCUGUGGUAGAAAGUGCAUGGGCCCAGGCUCAGCUGUUAGAGAGUUUGUAUUGCCUAUAGGGUGGGUUUCUCUGGCCCAGGCCUGGUUAAUGGGCUCUUUAUCUUUGGUGUCCACUAGGGCUGCCCCAUUGUGUUAUUGCUCUAUUUUGUUGUCCUUGUACUUAAUAGAAGCUGUUGAUAGGGCCCAAAACCCUACAGAAAUUCUAUGUCUGUAAAAUCCAACAGAUACAUUGGACUUGUCUAUAUGUAAAGAUUUUCUGUUUAAUAGGUAAUUUCAAAUUUAAAUGUUUCAAAUGAUAAUCAGAGUUCCUUUUUACUUACAAAGUUGGAUUAUUUUUUAGAAUUGUAAUAAAUAAAAACUCUUGCUGCUUUACCACUGUAA